AUGCAAGCAUAUAUUUCAGCAAGCUCUCCACUUUUCACCUACAGAACUUGCAGGUCGUGCGAUGCAUCUUCAGCCUUUCAAUCUGGGUCAGUCUUUUCGGGUAGAGACUACAAUGGAUCUGACAGUGGUAUGAUCACGCGUAUGAGUGGAUCAACCGUUUCAUUAACUUGUACAGGGACUGGUGUAUCUUUUGAUGUGACUUAUUCUCAACCCCAGAAUACAUCAUUCACUGCUUCGUUGACAGUGAAUGGGUCGACACCUCUUUCAACGUAUAACUCGACAUCGACGUCGAUCAGAAACCUACCUUUAGGACAACACAAUGUCGAGCUAACUUUCAAUACCACUUCCACUCAGUCGCAGUCACCCUCACAGGACGAUUGGCUAAGGGUGAAUGGAGCGAAUUGCACUUUGGGAUCAUUGACGGGGAAAGAAACGAAAAAUCAAAUCAUAGAUGAUACAGCUUGGAGAGAUUGGAAGAUUGCUUUGACUCCAGGUUGGAAUAUGCUAGAAAAGGAUAUGUCGAAUUACAUCAACGAGGAACAAUACUUAGCUGAAGUUGACUCAUCAACCAAGAAUUAUAACGGGUCAAUAUCUUGGACAGAAGAAGCAAAUGCCUUGGAUCAAAUCGAAUUUCAAGGUUCGGCAAUUUGGCUUUAUGGUAUUGUAGGUGGUGAAGCUGGUUCUUAUCAAGUCACUCUUGACGAUAUAUCUCAAGGUACAUUCAAUGCCUCAGGUGGUCCAAGAGUCUACAACUCAAUACUAUAUCAUACAUCAAAUUUGGCAGAUGGCAACCAUACUAUCAGCUUAGUGAAUAUCGAACAGGGGAAGCGGUUGAGUUUUGAUCGACUCGUAGCCAUGUCAGGAUUAGUUGCAAUUCAAGCUCAAGCAGGUCUUUCCUCUACAUCUCCCUCUUCAUCGGAACAACAACCGAUAUCUCAUGUGGAAGUUUCGUCGGUAUACCCUACUUCCUCUUCUUCACAACAAGCGCAACUGCCCGAAAUGCCUAGUUCAUUAAAUGGAGGUGCAAUUGCAGGUAUCGCAAUAGCUGGAUCUUUGGUGAUGCUUGCCUUUAUGUCAGCUUGGAUAUUCGCUUGUUUGAGAAGAAGAAAAGAGAAACAACAUAACGAGAAAGAAAUGGCCGAGAAGCCAGAUGUCACUUUUAUGAGAUUCUCUUCAAUUCCAUCCCAACCACUGUCUACACAUCCUUUCCAUCCCAUACCAGAAGUGAAAGCUACCCCCAAAUUCAAUUUUAACUUCUCAUCACCCACUCCUUCACUGAGAUCAUUUAUCAAUUCUCACGUUCCAUCCGAAGAUCGAGCAACGUCUUUCCUUAAACUAGCAGGUAGGAGAACAUCCAAGCCUCUAGUCGAACAAGGAACGGUAAGUAAGACCAAGAAAUUGAAUAUUGGAAAUCCACAACAUUUAAGAGAUCCGAAUUCAAUUACAAGUACGGAUUAUGUACCUUCAUUGUCAUCGGGUGCAGAACAUAUCAAGCCUUUAAACCCUAAUCGGAUAAAAGGGAAUCUAAAUCCAGACAACAGGAAAUUGGCUCCUCAUAGUGAUGCCAAUAAACCAUUAGAUCGCCCCGAAUCUUCCAGCUCUAGAUCAAACACAAUAUCGCCACUUGUCGCAGCGUUAUCAGGAAUGACUUCGUCCCCAUUAGCCGAAUUAUCAAGAAAGACAUCCACAAAGGGAACACAAGCCUUAAAUGGAUAUUUCGGUCGUCGUAAAGGUUCUAUCUCUAAUUCGAUGGAUACAAGAAGGGAUAGACCGGAUUCAACUAGGACCACAAUCACUGAAAAGAGUGAAGGCGAUAAUGGUGGUGAUAACGGUAUAUUGAGUAUGUAUGCUGCUUUCCCACCUGGAUCACAAAGCAACACUACAUGUCCCGCAGAAGGAGAGGGUCAAUUCGUAAGUGGUGAUGGAGAAUCAAAAGUCGGAGUGGCAUUAGGUAGUCCAAUGCAAGACAAUAUGUUCGAUUGGGAAGGUGGUCAAAAUCAGAAUUUAUCGAAAAAACAAUUCGAUGAGGAAUUAAGACCUCCAACUAGAAGAUUCUUCGGUUUUGGUGAUCGCCCGAAAUCCGGUGUAUCUAACAAAUCUGGUAAAACAGCAUCAUCAGUAGGAUCAGGUUGGAGAUAUAUGUGA